AUGAGGGACGAAAGUGGCGCCACCACUACGCAGUGGCCUGCCGCCUUCAAGCAGAUCCAGGUGGACGGUGAGACCCAGUACGUCGCCGGGAAGACCGAAGAGGUCGAUGCUCCGCCGCAGGUUGGCACCCAGCAGGUGGAGGAGACUGUGGCCGGGCAGGUGAAACAGCAGAUCGUGGAGAUUCCGCAAGUCCAGGAGGUUGUGGAGGAACAGGAGAUCCCGGAGGUGCAGGUUGUGCAGAAGGUGGUCGAGGUUCCGCAAAUCGUGCAGCAGGAGGUCGAGCAGAUUGUGGAGCAGAUCGUCCAGGUGCCUCAGAUCAUCGAACAGCCAAAGGUCUCCCAUCGCCAUGUCGAGCAGAUCGUUGACGUCCCUGUGCCGCAGAUGGUGGAAGAGGUCGUCCAUGUGCCAGUGACGCAGACCCAAGCUCGCCACCACCACGUGCACGUCGAGCAGCAAGUGGAAAUUCCUGUCCAGAUGAUGCAGGAGCAGACCGUGCAUGUGCCCAAGGUGAUGGUGCAGAAGCGCCAGACGCAUCAGCACGUUGAGCAGCUUGUGGAGGUCCCGGUGCCCAUGACGCAGGAGGAGGUCGUGCACGUCCCCGAGAUCAUCACCCAGACGCGCGUGCAGCAAGAGCACGUCGAGCAGAUGGUUGAGGUGCCGAUCCCCAUGCAGCAGGAGGAGAUUGUGCAUGUGCCCGAAAUCGUGAUGCAGCCCCGCAUCGUGCACCAGCCAGUUGAGCAGAUCGUUGAGGUGCCCGUCCCCAUGACGCAGGAGGAGCAGGUCCAGGUGCCCAAGAUCAUUACACAGACCCGCAUCCGACACCAGCCGGUGGAGCAGAUCGUUGAGGUGCCGGUUCCUAUGACGCAAGAGGAGCAGGUCCACGUACCCAAGAUCAUCACCCAGACCCGCGUGAUGCACCAGCAUGUCGAGCAGGUGGUCGAGGUGCCCGUGCCGAUGACGCAAGAGGAGCAGGUCCACGUGCCGAAGAUCAUUACUCAGACUCGUCAGAUCCACCAGCACGUCGAGCAGCAGGUGGAGGUGCCGGUGCCCAUGAGCCAGGAGACUGUUGUCCACGUGCCGAAAGUCGUUACCCAGACCCGGGUGAUGCAUCAGCACGUGGAGCAGGUGGUGGAAGUGCCGAUGACACAGGUGCAGGAGCAGGUGGUCCAUGUGCCAAAGAUCAUCGAGCAGGAGCGCGUGAUGCACCAACACGUGGAGCAAGUCGUCGAAGUCCACGUGCCCAUGACGCAGGAGCAGGUGGUGCAUGUGCCCAAGGUGGUUCAGCAGGAGCGCGCCCACCACUUCCACGUUGAGGAGAUCGUGGAUGUUCCCGUUGAGCAGCGCGUGGAGCAGAUCGUGCAUGUGCCGAAGGUCCAGAAGGUCGAAAAGAUCGUCCACAAUCCUGUUGACCUGGAGGUCGAAGUGCCGCGCCCCGUGGUCGUCGAGAAGGUGAUUCAGGUGCCCACGGUGCAUGUGGAGGAGAAGGUGGUUCGCGUCCCCAAGGUGCUCAACACGGUGGUCAACACGACCGUCCAGAACACGGUGGAGACCGUGGAAGUUGUGAAGCCGGUGGUGGUCCACAAGGUCGUUCAGCGCAAGAAGCCGAUUAUCCAGGAGGACAUCGUGCAGGUUCCCAAGGUCAUGGUCCAGGCCGUCCCUGUGCAGAAGGUCGUCGAGAAGCAGGUGUCGGUGCCAGUGGUGCAAGAGGUAGAGCAGAUUGUGGACGUCCCGGUGGUCAAGCACAGGCAGGUGCCUAUUGUCCAGAAGGUGGAGAAGCAAAUCCAGGUCCCUCAGGUGGAGUACACCGACCACCACAUUGAGGUCCCGAUCCACAAGCAGGUGCACGUGCCGAUGAUCCAGACCGUCACCAAGCAGGUGGAGGUCCCUCAGAUCCAGUACGAAGAUGAGGUCGUCGAGGUCCCCAUUCAGAAGCAGGUGCACGUGCCGGUGGUGCAGAAGGUCCAGAAAACCGUUAAGGUGCCCCAGGUCCAGUACGAGGACCAGAUCGUCCAGGUUCCCAUCCAGACGCAGGUCCAGGUGCCCAUCGUCCAGAAGGUUCAGAAGACGGUGAAGGUUCCCCAGAUCCAGUAUGAGGACCAAAUCGUGGAGGUCCCAGUGCAGAAGCAGGUUCAGAUCCCCAUGGUCCAAACCGUGCAGAGGCAGGUGGAAGUGCCGCAGCUGCAGUACGAGGACCAGAUCGUGGAGGUGCCGGUGCAGAAGCAGGUGCAGAUCCCCAUGGUCCAGACCGUGCAGAGGCAGGUGGAAGUGCCGCAGCUGCAGUACGAGGACCAGAUCGUCGAGGUGCCCAUUCAAAAGCAGGUGCAGAUCCCCAUGGUCCAAACCGUGCAGAGGCAGGUGGAGAUUCCACAGCUCCAGUACGAGGAUCAGGUCGUUCAGGUGCCGGUGCAGAAGCAGGUCCAUGUGCCCAUGGUGCAACAAGUCCAGAGGGAAGUCGAGGUUCCUCAGAUCCAGUACGAGGACCAGGUGGUUCAGAUCCCCAUCCAGAAGCAGGUGCACGUCCCCAUGAUCCAGACCGUGGAGAAGCAGGUGGAGGUGCCACAGAUCCAGUACGUGGACAAGGUGGUGGAAGUGCCCGUCCAGAAGCACGUCCAUGUUCCAAUGGUCCAGACAGUGAACCGCGAGAUUGAGAUUCCACAGAUCGAGUACAUCGACCAGCACGUGCACAUCCCUAUCCAGAAGCAUCGCCACGUCCCCGUGCAGAUCCCUGUCGAGCGCCCCGUGGAGGUCAACGUGAUCGAGACCACGGAGAAGGUCGUGGACAUCCCGGUGGUGAAGCAGCGCGAGGUUCCACAGGUCCAGACCAUCGAGCGCGUGGUGGAGAUCCCCAUGGUGCAGGUGGUGCAGAAGGUCGUGGAAGUCCAGCAGGAGGGACAGACCAUUCGUGGCACGGUCAACGAGGUGGAUGUCCCAGGAGAGCGCCGCCGCGAGGAGCACCCGACGCAGACUGUGCAGCAGGUCUUGGCUGGCCAGCCUCACCCAGUGGAGGUGGUCCAGGGACAGGUGACCGAUGCCCCGGCACCGCAGCCGGCGCAGUUCGCUGCUCCAACCACGAUGCCGUCCGAGGGUGCAGUCUUCGCGGCCCCAGCAUCGCAGCCGCCGCCGGGCGCCAUCUUCGCAGCACCUGUGGCUCAGGCUCCUACAACGACCACGGUUGGUGAGCCGGUGUACCUUCCUCCAAUCACUGCUCCAGCGGAGUCGGCUCCCGCCGUGGUCAGCGAGACCGCGCCGCCGGGUGCCAUUUUCGCAGCACCCGCAAUGCAGGCCCCCGCCACGACGACAAUCGGCGAGCCGGUGUACCUGCCACCCAUUACCGCACCGGCCGAGGGCGCUCCUCAGACGAUCAGCGCCAUGCCACCUCAGGGUGCCAUCUUCGCAGCGCCGGCAACGCAGGUCCCUGCCACAACUACGAUCGGUGAGGCGGUCUACCUGCCACCCAUCACGGCACCUGCACAGGGCAUGCCCCAGACCAUGGCUGGUAUGCCUCCCCCGGGAGCGAUCUUUGCAGCACCGGCGGCGCAGGGCCCUGCAACGGUCGGCCAGCCGGUCUACCUGCCACCAGUGACCGUUGCCGGAGGGCAGGCUCCUGGCACUGCGUACCCUGGCACCAUGAUUCCCGGCACCAUGGUUCCCGGCACCAUGGUCCCCGGCACCAUGGUUCCCGGCACCAUGGUCCCCGGCACCGUGGCUGGUGCAGCGGCCACCGACAUCUUCUCCAUGAUGGACACGAACAACGACGGUGUCGUUUCGCGAGCAGAGUUUGCUGCUGCUAUGCAAUCCGGCGGCAUCGCCCCGGUCGGGGAUGUGCCGACAGAGCCGGUGCAGGGACAGUGA